UUGAAGCUAAGACCGGACAGAGCAAGAACUACCGGCAGGAACUGCCGGUACCCAAAGGCAUCCACUAAGACGGACUGGUGUGCCAAGAAUGAAGGGCCGGUCACAGGGGUUGUGGAUUUUGAGCUCCAGGGCCUUGUGGGUGAGGUUUUGGGGAUAUGGGGAGGUGAAGGGAGACGGGGAAGGGCUGUACCAACGAUGCAGGUGUGCAGGCAAAUGCAAGAUGUCUGGCUUGUAGGGUUUGUCGCCGACAAGGCUUAUCUGCACCUUGUUGAGGCGCAGGAGAGACAUAGCCGAGUGACCGUGAAUAUAUUGAAAUAUGCCAUGGACAACCUGCUGCAGGUGCUGUCUUUCGUGGAACAGUUGGUAAUAGCAGUGGACGGCGUCCAAUUUCCACCAGCCAUUGGAGAGUUGACCUUGACUGAGUCGUCCUCUGACUCCGAUGAUGACAUGAGAGAGAGGGUGGGCAGGCUGGAGGCGGAGGUGAAGGCGCUCAAGAAGGAGGUCAAGGGGAUUGCUGGAACACUGACUCAGGUUGCCAAACGAGGCUGUUUUGAUUAA